AUGAAUCGGUUAUACACAAAAGACAGAUUGGUGAAGUGGCAUAUUCAGAUCAGUGAAAUGUGUGUUUUCUGUGGAAAUGAGGUUGAAUCUACCGAGCACUUAUUCUUCCGAUGUCAUUACACUACUGGUAUAUGGAAUGCCCUGCUUGGCUGGAUGAAGAUUCAAAGGGUUGCAUUGCCGUGGUCCAGUAAAAUUAUGUGGAUAGAGAGCCAUAUCAAAGGACGAUCAGCUGCGUCUCACAUAUUCAGGAUGGUGCUUGCUGCAAGUGUUUAUUAUAUAUGGAAGGAAAGAAAUUGUAGGAUUUUCAGGUCUUCUAGUGCUACUCAGGAUAAGGUGGUUAGAUUAGUAAUCCAGGAUGUCAUUUGCCUAGCUGUUACUAGAUAUGAUUACUGA